AUCACUUCUUGUAGCUGGCCUUCUCUUCCAUUUCACUCAUUUCAUUCCUUUAUUUCUGCUUUUCUCACUCUUUGGAUCCAUAUAUCCUCAAGAGAGCAACAAAAAAUGGGUUCAGUUGGAGAAAUCUAUGAAGCCCACUGCUCCAAAGGUCCGGCCACAGUUCUGGCCAUCGGCACAGCAAAUCCUACCAACUGUGUCUAUCAGCCUGAGUUCCCUGAUUUCUAUUUCAGAUCCACAAAGAGUGAGCAUAUGACCGAAUUGAAGGGCAAGUUCAAGCGAAUCUGUGACAGAUCAACAAUCAUAAAACGUCAUCUCUACAUGACUGAGGAUAUUAUCGCGGAGAACCCUGACUUCUACAACCCUAUGGCUCCAACACUUGAUGCACGCCAAGAUAUCAUGGUUGUCGAGGUUCCCAAGUUGGCUCAACAAGCAGCCUUGAAAGCCAUCGACGAAUGGGGGCAGCCCAAAUCAAAGAUCACCCAUGUUGUAUUCACUACCAUUUCUGGUGUUGAUGCACCUGGUGCCGACUUCCAACUCAUCAAGCUCCUUGGCCUUUCACCCACUGUCAAACGUGUGAUGAUGUAUCAUCUAGGUUGCUACGGUGGUGGUAGUGUCCUCCGUGUUGCCAAAGACCUUGCUGAGAACAACAAAGAUGCUCGUGUCCUUGUUGUUUGCUCGGAGUUAAACUCGGUUAGUGGUUUCAAGGGACCUACUGCGACUGACUUCCACACCCUACUUGGGCAGGCAAUCUUUGCAGAUGGCGCUGCAGCUUUAAUAGUUGGUGCAGACCCUGACACAUCUAUUGAGCGCCCAUUGUUCCAACUAUUCUCAGCAAGUACACGAAUUCUCCCAGACUCAGAUGAUAUGGUUGAAGGCCACUUGCGUCAAUCUGGUCUUUCAAUUAGCUUAUCCAAGGAUGUGGCCAAAACUAUUUCUGGAAACAUCGGAAAAUGCUUGGAGGAAGCACUUAGCAAUAUUGGUAUUAAUGAUUUGAACUCUAUUUUUUGGGUAUCUCACCCUGGUGGCCCAGCCAUUUUAGACCUGAUUGAAGUAACUCUUGGUUUGAAAGAGGAGAAACUGAAAGCAUCAAGGAAGGUGUUAAGCGAAUUUGGUAAUAUGUCAAGCCCCACUGUGAUGUUUAUUUUGGAUGAAAUGAGGAACAAGUCUAAGAAGGAAGGAAAAACCACAACUGGAGAAGGAUUUGAUUGGGGUGUGCUUUUAGGGUUUGGACCAGGUCUAACUGUGGAGACAAUUGUCUUACGCAGUAUUGCUACAGUUUAAUUCGAACUUGCUGAUCUUAUCAAUUUGCGUUGACUUAUAGUUAUCCUAUGCCCUAUGUGGUUUAGUUGGGGUUUUCUGUAUGGCCAGCCCUAUAUUAUGUGCCUUCAUUCCUUUGAUUGUUUGGUCCGUUUUUGAGUUUGUUCCAUUGGCAAGGCCGAUUUAUGUGUAUGGUGAUACAGUUUUUUGCAUUUAUUGUUAAGUAAGGCCGAAGGCCCUUUUUUCAAAGUUUCUCUAUUUGUACUCAUUUAAGAUUCUUUUAAUAAAAUAUUACCUUAAAUUUGCUGAAA